GAUUCGGGGUACCAGACUGUAAUAACCGCUAGCGGAAGAUUUCAAAAGAAAAUGCUUGAUAAUUGUGCUGCGAAUAUUUUGAAAGAAAUCUCUCGAUUUGUCUGCGAUUUCUUCGUUUAAGUAGGUUCAUCCUAACGUGGAGGAGUUUAUACACUCUUAUAACAUCACAGACUGCCAUCGAGGAUGGAGUUGCCAGCGUUUCGUGGAUCAACUAUCGUCACCACAGCGCUUGUACAUAGUUCUUCCCCACCGGGCUUUGUUGCUGAUGAAAAGGAUUUGUCGCCCAAUGGACGAGUCAAACCUCACAAUGGUUGCGUGGUGCGACAAAACGACAAGAUCAUCCUCUUGAAAAGAGUCUACACCUCGCCUGUCAGACGCUCGUCCAGAGUCCGCCGGAAAGGCUGUGCGGUUCUGCACAGGUCAAAGGUCAAGCACAGGCACUCGGACCCAGCGGAAUAUCCCAAGUCAGCCAUACGGACCACCAAACAUUUCACCAGAAGUUAUCCCAAAUCAGCUGGCACAACACCCGUGAGAACUAAAAACCGAGGGGAUGGCAACAGAAACGGGAACUGUCCACACGCCACCCCUGAUGUACCUGUCACUCCCAACAAUCCUGCCACCCCUAGUCCCACCAAACUAGACUUUACCUCCCCUGACCACAUCACGCUUUCGGAUAACCUCACCGAGGCUGACUUUUUCAGGUUGGAUGGCACUCCGAAGCGUCGGUUGGUGGUAAGGAUAACUGAGACACCAGAGAUCAAGAAAAAGCUUGCAGAAAUCAGCAGGCCACAGUUCUCCACACGCACAGAACUCAGUGAGAUGUUAGAGAAAGACCGUGUCUCAAGAGACAAGGAGGAUGCUCUUAGUAUCAAUCCUCUAAGUGAUGAUGACUGUUCGGAUGGUUCUAAAUGUUGUGAAGACUUCAACAACCAACGGUUUGACAUUGAUCCUCAUGAUGUUCCGUUUGAUGCCUCAGACCAGGGGAAGAGCAAGGAUAAUCUUAAAGACUUCAUCGUUGGCAAGAAAGCAUCAGCACCAGAGAGAAGACCACUGCAAAUGCAGCAAGCUGUCCCUACGGAUGACAGUCUCUUGGAAUUUGUCUUGGAUUCCGAAUCGUCGUCAUCAAAUAGUCUAGACAUGGAGCUUGAUGAUUACCAAACUGCCAGCAUUGAGAGUGCCCUGAAUGGUUCUGGAUCAGAUGUGGAAUCAAUCAAUGGCAGUGACGAUCUCAAGGAUACCAGAGAUCAUGCCGAUGAAGUACUAUGCAUCAGUCCCCUUCCAUUUGAAACAUCAGACUCCGCCCGUGAACAGUUCCCUCUCCCAGAAGGUGGAGAAUCUCACCGCCUCCAUCUGGGUUCUCCGGAAUUCUUGCCUAUAGAUCAGAAUGAAUCUCUGGAUGCGUUUAUGGUCACACCAGAACAUUCCUCAUCGGAUGAAUCGGAAACUUUCUGUGAAGACUUUCUAGUUGAGGAUCCUUCUGUCAGUAACAGUGCCGGCAGUUCUGUGUCAUCUAGAAGUCCUGUGACCAUUGUCGACACGCAUCUUGAUGAGAGGAACCAGUUCAAUACAAGUGUGUCCCCAGCUUCUCAGAAGAAACUCCAGAAAUUAAACUGUUUGCCUCCAGUCAAUGGUAUGAGGGACGUGUCAGUUAUGCGAGUCUCACUGUCCCCCUCGGCCUUUGUGCCGGUGAACAGAAUUGACACAAAAGUCUUUGAUAGUGCCAACCUGCUGGAUGAUGUAUGCAUCGUGAACCUCACUCCAAGUCACAAGGUUUACAACAACAUGAAGGGUAAGGAGCCAUCCCCAACGUACGCAUCGCAAGCAAAUUCUGAAUCUCCAUGCUCGCCGGGGAAUACAUCGUAUGUGAGCAAACACACUGAGCCUGAGUGCUGUGGACAACGUGCUUCAUCCAGACAGUCUCCACUGAAAACCAAGUCUUGCGUUAAGUCACCCAGCCCUGGCGUGUCUUCCAAGAUCUUUCCAAACCAUCACGAUGACUUCCAGGAUUUCUCAGAGUUUGACUUUUCAAGUGCCCAGGGUCCGCUUCUUCCUCAAACUUUCAGUCCUGUUGAAGUCACUCAGAAACUGUCAGAUACAGGCCCUAGAAGCAUCCCUACCAAGUCACCAAGUGAUGAAGGUGACCUUGAGAGGAACAGUUCCAAGUCUCAAUUUAGCGGGAAGUCUUCUACCGCAGAAGAAACAUCUCUAUACCAUUCCAGUCCUUCUGAUCCUUCUGAUGACGUAAACUUGACCAUGCGAGAACAAGCAAAAUGCAGCAAGUGGAUAGAAAUGUUAGAAAGUGAUGAAGAUUACCACGAAAAGUCUUCACAGAAAGGCGUCGUUCCUGAAUCAGAGGAGCAGUGGAUGUCUGCUUCAUAUUUUCUCAUGAAUGAGCAUCACAAGCCUUCCGGGAAGAAAAAGUCGGAGAGAACUGUCCAGCGGAGAAGCUCAAUGAGAAUCGCUAAAAGGAUGUCGCUGCUGACUCUGGAAGCUGACAUCAAAAACACUGACCAAACAGAUGCCGAUGAUUCUAAGCAGGCUGAGGUCUCAGAGGUCCAUUGCUCCAAGACUUCAGAAGCUGUGCCAAAGCAAAGAAAGGGCUUUGUCAAAGAAAACAUGACAGUCGUCAGGAGGAGAGGACGUCCUCCCUCAAAACGGCCACAAGUUUUAGAUGGUGCCAGCACCGAACUUGACAAGGGUGCUGAAAAUGUUGAGAAUUCUUCAAGCUUUUCAGGCUCAGCCGAAGAAAUUGAGAAGACAAUCCCUCAAGUGCCUUCAUCAUUCAUUCCCACUGGUCUCAACUCUGACGAGAAACUCCAAUGCCAGUUUGACACGGAUUGCACUGUCGCUGAAGACCACUCCAAACCAAAGAAAAAGGCAGUUAAAAAAUGGGACAGGCAAUCAAGACGAUGCUCAGCAAGACUGAAUCCUAUCAUCCUUCCGUUGAUCAGCAAAAGCCCGAGCCCUGUUACAUCUAAUAACUCAAGUUCAAGCAAACUCUUACGUGAAGAAUCGGAGCUGUGCAACACAGCCCAGCCUUUGACAAAUCCCAGUUGCUCUGACCCAGUUUCAACAGAGGAAGAAUUUCAGUGCCAGUUUGAUGAUGUCACAGACCCUGUCAAAACAAAACCUAAGACCAAGAAACCACACAAGCAACCAAGGCGACGAUCGUCAAGACUUGUUCCUAUUGUCCUACCGCUCAGUUGUGAAAGCCCCACCGCUAAUGCGUCAGAUUUAGAAGAUAUGACAUCCAAAAGUGACGACUUGGAUCGUGUCUCAUCAAACUCAAAAUCUGCUGAAUCUACAAGUGUUUCAGCACAAAGUGUUUCAGUAAAUGAAAAUUCUGAAUGCUUUUCAGUUGCACCUGUUCCUGAAGGUACAGAAACUGAUUCAACGUCAGCUUCUGAAUGCAUUGCAUCAUCUGGAGAAGAGGAGAGAACAAGAGAUAAGGGUAAAAGGAGACGGAGGAGAUCGGCCCGCUUACUCCAGUUGUCCAUGAUCAGUCUGGAUGAGGAUCAAUCCGCAAUGGACCAGACUUUGCUCAGGAUCCCGUCUGAUCCUGAGAAAGGAAACACCGACAUCAAUGGGGAAGGCAUGUCCAUUGUCGGCAGUAAUUCAGUGUGGUCUGAUGUAGAAGAAGGAAACAGAGACACUGUCACAUUUGAUGGGGACAAGGCCAAGACCGACUUAUAUAAAGUAAUUUCUUGGAACGGAGCUUCUUACAUUCCUGAUGAAAUGUCAGUUGAUGUCGACACGCAGUCUACAACAAUCAAGGAUCUUCCAGAAGUGUCAGGUUCGCUUGAUGAUGCCAUCACAGUCUCAGGGGAAGAUGCUAAUCCUGAAAAGAGACCUAGACGAAGGAAGUCUUCAGUGCUGAGCUACUCGGAGAAGACAAAGGAAUCCAAACUCAAGAAGUAUAGUAAGACAAAGGAAGAGACGGUUAAGCAACUGUACCUGAAGCGAGGCGAGAACAAGCCACUCAAACCCAACAAUCUGGAGACAAUCUUCGAAGAGCUUCACUUCAGCAAGAUAGGCAGUCCUCUUUAUUCAGGCUCCAGGAAAUGUAAACGGGCUGUCAACUUCCCCGAGCAUCCAUGGCUGCCCCGCAAGAAAAAGAAAACACCAAACAAAAGUGGCCGAUCCAAGGGCAAGAAGAAGACGUCCAAAGAUCCCAAUAUUGACAAGAAGCUUGAGGCUUUACUAGCUGAAUGGACUCCUGCAUCACCUGCUUCAAGUAGUGCCUCGUCUGACUACCAAGCAGAUGAUCCCUCCCAGCACUGUGACAUUGAAAAUGGAUCCAGCAUUUCACAAUCCGACAGCGACAAUUCAACUUACAGGUCGUCUCUAAAUCCCACUCCUGAUAUAUCCCUAAUCUUCGGUGUAAACAAAGUUGCGCACGUACAGCAGGCAGAGAACCCAGUCCCUCAGAAACUCAGACUGAAUGGUGAAAUGGGGGAACUUGAGGAAACUUCACCCAAAAAGCCCAAGAGGGACACACCAUUUAAAGGAUCGGGCCCCUCUGGAAGUUACGGUGCUUUAUUGAACAGACUGAUGAAGAAGAAAAGAGUGGUUAGUCGUGUUGGUGAAAUACAUGAUGAAGCAGUCCAAGAAUAGAGCCUUUGCCAUGGCAAGCAUGUUGGAGGUGCACUGCUUUGUUUCACAGGGAUAGUAUACAAAUAUUGAGCGGCUCAGCAUGAAAUGGGAGGAAUAUUAUCGCAAGGUAAAAAUCUGGACUUUUUCAUUUCACGAGGCGAAGCCGAGUGAACUGGAGAAGUCCAAGAUUUUACAGAGGGAUAAUAUUCCUCCCAUUUCACAGUUUAAAGCCACC